AAGGUAGACGGACAGUUGAUAAACCCUUCUUCCAUUUCGCAUCCUCUCUCUCUCGAGCUCUCAUAUCGCAGUCUCGAGCAGGAAGAAGAUGAGAUCUUCAAUGUUCCAGUUGCUCAGAUCGGGAUCAGCUUCUCGGGCGAGCCUACUCCGCCGUGGCUACAGCUCUGGCGCCGUGCCGGAGCGGAAGGUGGCGGUCCUCGGGGCCGCUGGUGGCAUCGGCCAGCCCCUCUCCCUCCUCAUGAAACUCAAUCCGCUCGUUUCCAAGCUCGCUCUCUACGAUAUCGCUGGCACUCCCGGCGUUGCAGCUGAUGUCAGCCACAUCAACACUAGAUCUGAGAUUGCCGGAUACGCUGGUGAAGACCAGCUGGGGCAAGCUUUGGAGGGAUCAGAUGUUGUCAUCAUUCCAGCUGGUGUGCCAAGAAAGCCUGGAAUGACCCGCGAUGAUCUCUUUAACAUCAAUGCAGGCAUUGUCAAGUCUCUGUGUACUGCCAUCGCAAAAUACUGCCCCAACGCACUCGUGAAUAUGAUUAGCAACCCUGUGAACUCGACAGUCCCAAUUGCAGCAGAGGUUUUCAAGAAGGCAGGAACAUAUGAUGAGAAGAAACUGUUCGGCGUGACAACUCUUGAUGUUGUUCGGGCCAAGACUUUCUAUGCUGGAAAGGCUAAAGUCCCUGUAGAAGAGGUUAAUGUACCAGUUGUUGGUGGGCAUGCUGGCAUAACCAUCCUCCCAUUGUUCUCCCAAGCCACACCAAAAGCCAAUUUGCCUGAUGAAGAUAUCAAGGCACUUACUAAACGGACUCAAGAUGGAGGAACGGAAGUUGUGGAGGCAAAGGCCGGAAAGGGAUCUGCAACACUUUCAAUGGCCUAUGCAGGAGCCUUGUUUGCUGAUGCUUGCCUGAAGGGACUGAAUGGAGUUCCUGAUGUGGUCGAAUGCUCGUUUGUGCAGUCUAGCAUCACUGAACUGCCUUUCUUUGCUUCUAAGGUGAAGCUCGGGAAGAAUGGCGUGGAUGAAGUCUUUGGGCUAGGCCCAUUAUCGGACUAUGAGAAACAAGGUCUGGAGAGCCUCAUCCCUGAACUCAAAGCCUCCAUCGAGAAGGGAAUCAAGUUUGCGAACCAGAGCUAGUCAAAUCCAUUUCUCCUGGUCACGGUCAUGGAAGUGGUUAUCCUUCCAAUUAUUCUUAGCUUUAGUGAAAUUUUGUUCAAUUGUGCAAUCUCAUAUUCAUCAAAGAUGAUAAAUCUGGUUAUAUAAAUUUUUCACGACGAGAUCAGGGCUGAAAGAAGAGUUUGUUGAAUAAAUGAUCAGUGCCAAACGGAUUGAUUAUGAGAACUUCUUGUCAAGUGGAGUUUAUCAGGAUUCCUAUUUAAGGAUCACUUAAAUCUCUUUCAAGAGAAA